AUGGCCGGAGGGCGAGCGGGGCUGUGGCUGGGCGCCCUGCUGGCGGCGGCGGUGGGCUUGGCCGCCGCGCUGGACAACGGGCUGGCGCGGACGCCGCCCAUGGGCUGGCUGCACUGGGAGCGCUUCCUCUGCCAGACGGACUGCGAGCGGGAGCCCCACGACUGCAUCAGUGAACAGCUCUUCAUGCAGAUGGCUGACCGGAUGGCGUCGGAGGGAUGGAAGGAGGUUGGGUACCACUUCCUGUGCAUCGAUGAUUGUUGGAUGGCUCCCACCCGCGAUAAACAGGGACAGCUGCAGCCCGACCCCAAACGCUUCCCCGGCGGGAUUAAGAAACUCGCAGACUAUGUCCACUCCAAAGGGCUGAAGCUGGGCAUUUAUGCCGACAUUGGGAAUAGAACGUGUGCUGGCUUUCCCGGCAGCUACGGCCACUACGAACAGGAUGCAGAGACCUUCGCCAGCUGGGGGGUGGAUCUGCUGAAAUUCGACGGAUGUGACUUUGGGACUCUGGAUGAGAUGGCUGAAGGCUAUAAGAAAAUGUCAUCAGCUUUAAAUAAAACUGGCAGAAAUAUUGUAUAUUCCUGUGAAUGGCCACUUUACCAGAGACCCUUUCAAAAGGUCAACUAUACAGAAAUUAAGCAAUACUGCAAUUACUGGAGGAAUUAUGCUGACAUUUCCGAUUCCUGGAUCAGCAUCAAGAAUAUCUUAAAUUGGACUUCUUCAAACCAGGACAUUCUGGUUGACAUAGCAGGGCCGGGUGGCUGGAAUGACCCAGACAUGCUUGUGAUUGGAAAUUUUGGACUGAGCCGGGACCAGCAAAUAACACAGAUGGCGUUUUGGGCUAUUAUGGCAGCACCGCUGCUGAUGUCCAAUGACCUGCGUCAGAUCAGCUCCCAGGCCAAGGCUCUCCUCCAGAACAAGGAAGUGAUAGCGAUCAACCAGGAUCCCUUGGGCAAGCAGGGCUACCGAAUUACCAAGGGCCAAAGCUUUGAGCUGUGGGAACGCCCGCUCUCGGAUGGAGCGUUUGCUGUAGCUGUACUAAACCAGAAGGAGAUGGGUGGGCCACAGUCCUUUGUCCUUGCUACCAUGAUCCUUGGCAACGGCUUAGCUUGUAAUCCCAGUUGUUUGAUCCAGCAAAUUCUUCCUACCAGGAGGGAUUUCGGACUACACAACUGGGUUUCAUUUUUGAAACUGGUGGUGAACCCAACUGGUACUGUGUUGCUGAAGAUAGUGAACACAAGCACACUUUUUACUGACAAUGGAAGAAGCCACCCUAACGAUCUCUUAUAACAUGACGUCCUCUCCUCGCAAACGCUUUCAAGAGGAUCUAAGGCAAAGCCCUAAGAAACCCUCCCAAAAGAAAAUCCAAGGAAAAUUGCGGUAGUCUUUCCUUCAGGAAGCUGACGGUCAAGAAAUGCCGAGAUGGUCUUUUCGGAAUUCUCAGAUUUUAAACCUCAAAAGGACGACAGUCUUUCUUUCUUUCUGGAGGCACAGCUGGAAAGCAAAAUUAGCGCCGAUCGUGUUUACAAACACAACCAACCGUUGCGGUACAGUAGCAGUUUGUUUUCCUGUGCUGUGGGUGGGCUCUGCCGGGACACAAAAAAAUAUGACCGCAAUUGUAUAUACUUGCAAUUGCUUCUCAACCGUCACUGGAUCAAAAUUAGGGAUAUGUGAGGAUGCAAUAGCUCUACGGGCAGAUUGUACAAUAACUGAAGAAAUUCUUAAAAGAGGAUUUGGGCACACUUUUGUCACUCCACUAAAACCCAGCAGAUAGAUUUUAAAAGUACUACGUAACUUGACAAAACUUUUGGUGAGUUGCAGAAGCUUCUAAAUUGAGACUGGAGUCUGCACCUACCUCCGAAUGGCACUACCUCAUUUAACCUUGAGAAUUCCAGCCCUUAACGUCUGAACCUUAAUUUUGCAGUUCAUUAAAAUGCUUUUUGCCCCAAUCUGAAUAAAUCUUUUCUGCCUUAUUGACGUGUGCUACCGGUAGCUUUCUCCAAGGCAGCCACUGACUUGAGGACCCAGUUUAUGAUCAGGUCAGCCAAACUCUCAUGUUUAUUCCAGUUGCUGUUACUGCUUGAAGGAAAACGAAGACAAAAGGAAUCUAAUCAAUUCUUUUGAGCCAAUUCACGGAAGGAGAUUAAAAUGUCAAAGUUUUGAGAAAGUUUCUUCAAACAGAAGAAACGCUCUUUUCAUAAAUAUGUACAUUAAAAACUGCAAUUAAUGUCUUGAAAAUAAAGAACGUGGAGCGCUUUUA